AUGUCAUCUAUCAGUGCAAAAUUUAAGUUGGUUAAAGCACCAAUCUAUUCUCAUUGUUUUAACAACGAACGUAAUUUGUUGGCUAUUACUUGUGAGAAUAACUGCUACGUUUAUAAGUUGAACAAUGGUCAAGCAAUUUUAGCUGCCACGUUAGCUGAUCAUGAUAAAACUGUGACUGCUGUUGACAUUUCUGUACACGGCCGUAUUGUAACGUGCUCUCAAGAUCGUAAUGCGAUUGUUUGGGAGCCUUUAUCGGAUGGAUCUUAUAAGCCUACAUUGGUUCUAUUGAGAAUUAAUCGAGCGGCUACGUGUGUUAAAUGGGCAGCAAAUGGCUACAAGUUUGCUGUUGGUUCUUCAGCAAGAAUAAUAUCAGUGUGUUAUUACGAGCAAGAUAACGACUGGUGGGUUUCUAAGCACAUUAAAAAGCCCAUAAAAUCUACUAUUAACACAUUGUCUUGGCAUGAGAAUGGUGUUUUAUUAGCGUGUGGUGGUACGGAUGGGUAUAUUAGGAUAUUCUCGGGCUUUGUUAAAGGUUUAGAUAGCAAAGAGCAGGUUGCAGGUUGUCCCUGGGGAGACAAGUUUCCAUUCGGAGCCUUGGUUGGGGAAUGGUAUCAUGGGGCUUGGAUUCAUGACGUUAAAUGGAGAUCGCAGGCAGAAAAGUUAGCUUAUGUUGCACACGACAGUUCUUUGAAUGUUCUCGACUAUCGCGGCCAGCCUAAACGUGUAGAUAACAUCGACGGUUUGCCUUUCAAAGCUCUGAUUUGGAUCGAUGACCACACGAUCCUUUGUGGAGGUUAUUCGUGUCACCCCGUGUUGUUUACUGAAGAUAAUUCUGGGUGGAAAUUUGCCCGCAACUUGGACAAGACAACUUCUACCGAAAAGCCAACCAGCUUUACAGGUGUAUCCGGUAAUGAUCAAGAAGAGGAGGAGGAGCACUCCUUUGGCAUGUCCGCUCUAAAGAAGUUUAAGGAAUUAGAUUUGAAAGGCAAAAUCAGUGCUCAACAAGAAAGGUCCACCCAUGAGAAUGCCAUCACAUGUCUUUUCCCCUUCUCCGAAACUUCAAGAGGAGUCAGUCAAGUUUCCUCCUCCGGAUUAGAUGGGAAGAUUGUGAUCUUUAAUUUGUGA